AUGGGUAUCCUCAAUUGGGGCUUUCGUGCCACCCUCAAGAUCCAUACGGUUAAGCUGGAUGAAUCAGUGAAGAUCACUUCCGACAAAACCUUGAGUGAAUUUGUUCGCAACGACCUUCCUCUCAUAGACACCAAGAACAAGCUCUGGUUGAGUCCCCUUUUGUUCAACGGUACUCUCCAGACCUUGUACUACGCUUUGCACAAGAGUGAAGACAAGUUCCAAGUUUACUAUGGUCGUGAGUUGUUCAAAUACAAGGAUGGCGGUCAAGCUUCGAUAGACUGGGUAAUUCCAAAACCGGACUCCACGGCCGAAUUCAAGAAGCUUUACGAAGAGACUAUUCCCGAGGACCUGCCCAAGCUCCACCCAAGGACGCGUUUCUUCACCAAGGAGGAGCUUCUGGAAAAACAGAACCCUAAGGACAGUGACACCACAGAGCCGCUUUGUGUGGUUCUUCACGGCUUGGCUGGAGGUUCUCAUGAACCGCUUAUUCGUAACUUGGGCGAAUACUUGGGCAAGCAGACAGCUUUGAAGUGGGAUGUUGCCGUGAUCAACUCGCGUGGUUGCUGCAGAACGAAGAUUACCACCGAUAAGCUCUUCAGUGCAUUUUCCACGGACGACGUCAAGGAUGUCCUCGUUGAGAUACGCAGAAGGUACCCUAAAAGACCAAUCUAUGCCAUUGGCUUUUCUUUCGGCGCUUGCAUCUUGGGUAAUCUUUUGGGCAGCGAAGACCCAGAUAUCCAGGAUCUUAUCAAGGCUGCUGUCUUCAUUGGAUGUCCUUGGGACUUGGCCGACAGCGCCUACCAUGUCGACAGCUCGCUUACAGGCCGCAAGGUGCUUAACCCGGGUUUGACUACUUUCCUCAAUAAGCUCAUCAAGCUGAACAAGCAGGAGCUCCAGAACUUCAAUCCUGACUUUUUCACCGAAGAGCGUAUUGAGGAGGCCAGGAAGGCCGUGAAAACGUUUGACUGGGACAACUGCUUCACGUGCAAGACGGUCGGUUUCUCCAAUGCAUUCGAGUACUAUAGAGAAGGCUCGCCCUUGCGCCGGAUCCACAAGAUCAAGACGCCUGUGCUUGCCAUCAACUCGACGGAUGAUCCAGCUGUCUCUGUGCGCUUGCCAAUCCAAGACGUCGAAUCCAACCCAUACUUGGCGUUGGUGGAGUCUGAUUUGGGAGGCCACCUUGGAUUUGUCAAGUCCUCUGGAGAGUUCUGGUGUGUGGAAGCAGCUGACGAGUUCAUCAACAAGUUUGAGGUGGCCACGCGGGCCAACUAA